AUGGCCGAAGAACAGAAGCCCGUCGAGGUCCCCAAGGAGACUGUCCCUGCCACCACCACCGCUGAGGCCCCCGCCGCCGAGACGAAGCCCGUUGAGACCACGGAGACUCCCGCCGUCGCCCCUGUCGCUGCCGAGACUGCCACCGAGACCCCGGCUACCACCACCACCGAGACACCUGCUGAGGCCACUGCCACUGAGGCUGCUGCCCCCGUUGAGGAGGCCAAGAAGGAGGUUGUCCCCGUCGAGGAGGGCACCCUCGAGCACAAGGGCAUCAACUUCCCCAAGAACUUCAUCUACUCCAAGGAGUUCUUCUGGUUCGGAUCCGACGCCGUCGAGUCCAAGAACCUCUCUUCCUACCUGAAGAGCGAGAAGUCUACCGAGACUGCCCACCACAAUGCCGCCUGGGCUUCCCACACCGGCAAGGGUCUCCUCUUCUUCGGCGACAAGACCGCCCCCCAGGGUGUCAUCAACUUGGCCGAUGCUUCUGAGCCUUCCACCGACGGCGCCAACAAGUUCCACUUCACCGCCAAGGGCCACAAGCACACCUUCAAGGCUGCCAACGCCGAGGACCGUGACAACUGGAUCUCCCAGCUGAAGCUCAAGGUCGCUGAGGCCAAGGAGCUCGCUUCCACCGUUACCGAGACUGAGGCCUACAAGACUGCCCUCGAGGCUUUCAAGCCCGCCAAGAAGGAGGAGAAGAAGGAGGAGAAGGCCGUCGAGGCCCCCGCCACUGAGGCCGUUGCCGCCACCGAGACCCCUGCUGCUGACAUCGCCGCUGUCCCCGCCACUGAGGAGGCCGUUGUUGAGACCCCCAAGGAGGAGGAGGUCAAGAAGGAGGAGCCUAAGCGUCGCUCUGCCAGCCGCAAGCGUGCCUCUAUCUUCGGCAGCCUGCUUGGCAAGAAGGAGGAGUCUAAGAAGGAGGAGAAGGAGGAGACCGCUGUCCCCGCUGUCGCCGAGACUCCCAAGGAGGAGACUCCCGUCAUCCCUGCUGCCACUGAGACCCCCGUCGCUGAGGUCCCCGCCGUCGAGGCUCCCGUCACUCCCGCUGCUGCUCCCGCUGCUGAGACUCCUGUCGUCGCUGCCACUGAGACCGCUGCUGAGGACAAGCCCGUCGAGACCGCCAAGGAGGAGAAGAAGCCCCUUCCCACCAAGCGCAACAGCAUCUUCGGUGUUUUUGGCAAGAAGGAGAAGAAGGCUGCCGCCGCUGCUGAGGCCGAGACCCCCGCCGCGGCCAAGGAGACUGAGGUCACUCCCGCUGCUGAGACCGCCCCGGUCAUCCCCCCCGUUGAGGCCACCACCCCCCUCGCCGUCGACGUUGCCAACCCCGGCACCGUUCCCGUUGAGAACAAGGAGAUCACCCCCGCCACCAACGGCGAGCCCCGUCCCGACCUGAAGGAGAAGCGCAAGUCUUCCCUUCCCUUCGGCUUCGGCAAGCGCGACAAGUCUCCCGCCAAGUCCCCUGCCCACUCUGACAACGAGGAGGCUGAGAAGCAGGAGAAGACCAGCGCCUUCUCCAAGCUCCGCGCUACCAUCAAGGGUCGUGGCAAGACUGAGAAGCCUGCCGACAAGCUCGAGAAGACUGAGGAGAAGCCCGAGGAGACCCCCGCCGUCGCCACCGAGACUCCCGCUGCCGAGACCUCCAAGGCCACUGAGGAGCCUGAGAACAAGCCCGAGAACGUCGCUUCUUCCACUCCUGCCCCCGUCACCGCCGCCGCAUAG